UCAUUCACCAUCAAACUUGCCUAAAGGUGAGUCGAGUCGUGUCGGUUUAUUGUUGUUUUCAUUUCAUUGUUUUUAGCGCGCGCAUGUCUCAACAACAAACAAUUUUUGUUUAUUUUACGUUCGAUACGUUAAAAAUUUGUUUCAUUCUCUGCCAAUUCGAUAUUUCGUUAUUAAUGUCGUGUUAUUUGCUGUUUUUGUUGUUGGCGUCGUCACGUUACAUUGUUGUUAUUUAAAACAAUUUUUUUUUCUCACCCCUCGUCAUCAUCAUCAUCGUGAACAUCUCUCACAGUAAACGCGUUUAGAGGUGUUGUGUUCCAAACAAAAAAACCAACAACAACAAAAAAAAGUAUCAUCAAACAAAAUUCAAGAAGAAAAAUAUGAAAUAACAAAAAAAAAAUCGUCAGAAACUUUAUUACACGCAUUGUAUAUUGACCGACAACCGACAGCAGCGUGUUGGUUGGUAGUCUGCAUAUUGUACGUUACUGUAACGUGUCAGACGUGUUAAAAUCGCUUAGCGGAACAUUGGAUUAGAUAUCACACAGACUUAACCGCGGGCAGUUUAUUCACCGAGUCACCACUUACUCGCUAUUCAAUCAAACGUUUGUUGAUUGUUUGUUUGUCUGUCUGUCAGUCAGACUCUGCUCUUUGGCAACGUUUUAUUGUUGUCGUUCUUUUUUUUUCAUCACUACGUUUACGCCCGUCUUUAAAACAUCACGUUGAUGUCGUUAUAACGUCUUCAUUAUUAAUAAAUAAAAAAACAACUGUUUUGUUUUAAAAAAUUAUUUAAAAUAUAAAAAGAAAUUGUGUUAUUGAAAAAAAAUAUAAAAAAAACGGGAAAACGUUUAAAUUUAUAAAAAAAAACAAAAUUUGUUUAAAAAAAAUUAUCAUCUAACGGUUUAAAAAGCCGUUUAAUUUAAAAGUGUUUAAAAAAGUGUUAUCACAAAUAAAAACCACAAAAUCUCUUAAAAAAAAAAAUUAACCUAUAAAGUGUUUAAAUAAAAAAUUAAAAAAACAACAUUAAACUCCACUAAACGAAAAUCACAGGAUUAAUUUUAUAUUCCAGGAUUACCUUAAUAAAACCUACGCCCAUUAAAAACGGAUACGGAUAUUAUUAAUUUUCUCCCCAAAGUUUUGCUUAAAAGUGCAAAACUUUAAGAAAAAGUGUUUUUAAAAUUGGUUUUUCUCUAACCAUUGAGCUUUAAUUUACCCAUAAAAAAGUUAAGCCGUUGUUGGUUGUGUGCAAAUUUGAAAUUUAAAUUUACGAAAAGAAAAAUUUCCACAAUACGUCAGAAUAAAAUACAACAUCCUGCCGCCGCACUGCCAAAUAAGCAUCGUUGGAACCAAACCUCGUGAUAUCUCAAAAGACGCACAUGGGCGUCUGCACCGAAGAGCGCCCUGUGAUGCAUUGGCAGCAGAGCGCAAGAUUUCUUGGGCCAGGUGCAAGGGAAAAAAGUCCAACACCACCUGUAGCACAUCAAGGGAGCGCACAUUGUGGCAGUGCUGCAGGUGCAAAUAGCAGUAGUAAUAGUAAUCAUAGUAAUCAAUUUUUAUUUCGAUCCUGCUCAACGUGUCCCGAUAUCUGUGAACACAGUACAAAACCAUUUAGUGCAGCGGCGGCAGCAUAUAGUGUGGCAUUUAGAAGCUAUGAAACGGCGGAACAGGCAACAUUUGAUGAAUCUUCCAUAAAAUAUGCCAUUAAUCGUAAUCAAACGGAAUGUCCGGAUGGUGAUAAUGAUGAAACAAAUUCGGGUAUAUCAUUUAAAACGGAACCAUAUGGACCGCCCAGUAGUCCAGAAUCUGCGACUGAAACAAAACCAAAUUGUAGUCCACCCUGUGCGGGUUGUGGGCGUUUAAUACAGGAUCGUUUCUACCUCUCUGCUGUGGAUAAACGGUGGCACGCUAGCUGUCUUCAAUGUUAUGCAUGUCGACAACCUCGACGGGAAUCAUCAUGUUAUUCGCGCGACGGUAAUAUUUACUGCAAAAGCGAUUAUUAUAGUGUUUUUGGUACUCGUCGAUGUUCCCGUUGUUUAGCCUCAAUAGGAGCCACCGAACUGGUGAUGAGAGCGCGAAGUUUAGUAUUUCAUGUGACCUGUUUUUGCUGUGUCGUUUGUCAGACACCAUUAACAAAAGGUGAUCAAUAUGGCAUAAUAGAUGCUCUUAUUUACUGCAGAACACAUUAUACUAUGGCUCGUGAAGGCGAUACAGCAUCGACCAGUUUGGGCUCGGCAGUGGUGCCUGGUGUUGGUGGCGCUAGUUCAUAUCCGUACUCAAGUCAAUUUGGUUCACCUCCGAAUGAUUCAUCGAGUCCACAUUCGGAUCCAACACGUAUUGUUCCUAAUAGUAUAUUUGCAUCUGCCUCUCAUGUUAUGACCGGUCUUCCACAACCACCACGGCAAAAAGGGCGACCACGCAAACGGAAACCCAAAGAUAUUGAAGCCCUCACUGCCAACAUAGAUUUAAAUACUGAAUAUCUUGAUUUUGGUCGAGGUUCUCAUAUGAGCGCAUCGUCGCGUACAAAACGCAUGCGUACCUCAUUUAAACAUCAUCAGUUGCGUACCAUGAAAUCGUAUUUUGCCAUAAAUCACAAUCCCGAUGCAAAAGAUCUUAAACAGUUAUCACAAAAGACAGGUUUACCAAAGAGAGUAUUGCAGGUCUGGUUCCAAAAUGCUCGUGCUAAAUGGCGUCGCAUGAUGAUGAAACAGGAUGGAUCGGGCAUGUUAGAAAAGGGUGAUGGUACCUUAGAUUUAGACAGUAUAUCCGUACACAGUCCCACCUCUUUUAUGAUGGGCGGCCCUAACAGUCCUCCAAGCCAUAAUAUGGAUUAGUAGUUAUUCUUCGGUGACAUUAACUUGCCACACGAAAAUAAUUGCGAAUUAUAGUAACAACCACAAUUACACUAGUUUCCAGAACUAAAACCAUCAGCAACUCUCUCAUAAAACCAGUUCACUCUCUUACUUUCUUAAAACUCUCUCUCAAAAAAAAAAAACUUUAAACGACGGCAGGGACACAUACUUACACUUAUGUAAAAAUUAAAAAAAAACAAUAGCGGAUUACAAUAAAUAUUCUAACCAGACACACCAACAUUUAAUUGUAUGUAUUUAGCAUUAGAAUUGUACUGAUCAUCACAUACAUAUAUAGAUACUCGUACUAUCAUAAUUCACACUAUCACAACUUUUAAGAAAUAUCCUCAAGCUUGGAGAGUUAAGGCGUUAAAAGGUUAUAGGAGCUGUAUUGUUUAAUUCGAAAGAGUUAUUGCAAAAUUUAAAUUUAUUUCGAAUUAGAAAAAAUACUAAAGGAAAGUAGCUAAAGAAAAGCAGCUUUGAGUCUAUUUAAACAGAAUACCCUUAGGGUACAGCUCACGAACAAAGAUCACUGGAACUCAAAGGAAGGGAAAUCAGACUUUGAAAAGGCAUAUUCUUUACAAUUUUGGCACUCUGUAAGUUUUAAUCAAGAACUUUUCUUAACAAGUUCAAAUUUGAAAUAUAUUCUCUUGCAGAUCUAUAGGUCCGAACACUCUAAUACAUUCGGCAAUGUUUUUACAGAUCGAAAAGGAUAUUGACUUAUUAGUCGUUUUUACUCUAUAAAAUACUUUUACAUCAAGAACUAUACAGGUCUGACCAAAUCAAAAUGUUUAUCCUCAGAUACCUCAGAGGGGAGGUUGACCUGUAUAUUCUACGACAAAAUCAUGUCGUCUCACAGCCCUGCAAGGCAAUGUAAAGAGAUGACCUCUGCAGAAGAUCUUUAAUAAGACUUCGUACAUUUUCUCUGUUUAUGAAUUGCUCUGUCACAUUUCAGAUUUACUACUAUGAGUUUAUUAUUCAUGAGAUCAUGCAAUGCUUUGACCGAUAAAAGAUUUGGCACUAUAGGCGAUACUUUCGUCCAUGAUGUCUGCGGAAAAAAAGAUUCAUAAUCAUCGUACAGAUUUAAUCUGUACGAUAUCAUAUUUGCAAUUAUGGACGUUCUUCUGUGCGUUCGGCGACCGAAUCUAGAUUUCUAAGACUGAUUAGAAGGAAAGGCGGACGUAUAUUUCCUCUUCGUCAACAGAUUUGCCGCUAUUUGGUUUAUUUAACGGAUCUCCAUUGAAUAGGGAUUCGUAAGAUUGAUUCUAAGAGUUGAAUGGUAAUAAGUUUUCUUUGUCUGUGUUCUUCUCUGUCCAAUAUCAGAAUUAAUGCUAUAAGCAUUCAUUAUCUUAUCCAAAGAGGAAACUGUGCAACAAAUUUUAUCUUUGUAUCCUGCUUUGUCCGCUGUCAAAUAAGAACUUCUCUAAAUAUUUUAAUGGAUCUCUCCUAAAAAGGAGACGAUCGUCUAUUUUCUCUGUCUGUGUUCUACUCUGUACGAUAUCCAAUUUGUCAGUAUAGACGUUCCUGUCCUGUACGAUAUGACAAUUCGUAUCAAGAUUCGUAAGAUCGAUUGGAAGGGACAAAGGUUGUACAUUUACAUCAAGAAAUGACCUGUGUUAUGCUCUCUCCGAUAUCAGAUUCGAUAUUAUUCAUUAAAUAGAGAUUAGAGAUGACGGUGGCACAUUUUCUCUACCUGUAUUCUACUCGCUCCGAUAUUAGAUUCGACACUAUUGGCGUUCCUUAAUUACACGAUUUAACUAAUCAUUUUCGAAUAGGAGUCCAUAGGUCAUAUUAGACAGGCAGACUUCUGCUCAAUUUCUUUUCUCUCUGUCCUACUCUCUAGUUCAUCUAUCCGUUCAAUUUAAUGGAUCACUCUCAAAUCAAUAUUCGCAAAAUAAAUUCAUUUAUCUGUCUGAAAGGUUGAUCGUCAUUUCAACCGCUAUAAAUGGCUCAAUACAUUGUAUCAAUGGCUGGGUAAAGAUUGUAUCUGCACUGGGUAUGACAACAGGACCAUUGAUAGACCUACGUGAGUUUGGUUUCUUAUUGGCUGACAAUUGUUUGUAAAAUUUGUGUCGUAAACAACACAUUGAAACUAUACUGAACCGAUAUUUAACAAAAUAAUCUUUCUUUAUGUAUUUCUUACUUACAAAUUUUAAGAUACUCACUGUUACUACAAAAAAUACACCGAAGCAAGUUUUUGCUUAAAACGUUUAACUGCUCAACUGCUUAAGUGUUGUUUUAACUUUUAAAGCAUAUUCCUUUAGUAUUUAUUAAAUUUCGAAACCAUUUUGUUUGCUUUUUUUUCUAAAUUUCCAAACCAAAUAAAUAUGAGAAAGUUUAAAUAGGAAAAAUAUUUAAAAACAGCAAUUGAUCUUUUAAAAAUAGUGUGUAUUUUUCUUGUUCUAGUCAAAAUUGAAUCUAAUUUAUAUAAUAUUGUUUGUUUUUUGUUUUGUAAUAAUUAUUAAUAUAUGAAAAAAUGUACUAAAAACCUUAAAAUUAAGGCUUAAAAGAAAGUACACUCCAAAGUUCCAUACUAAAAUUAAACUUAACAGAAAGAAACUUAUAGAAAGAAAAAAAGUAAAAACAAAAAAAAAACCCAGUGAUUAAAUUUAGUUUCAAAACUUAAAAUAUAUAUUAAAACACAUAUACACACACACUCUUUAACGGAUAAAAUAAAAAAAAAGAAGAACAACAAGGACUAACAAAUCCUUAAAGCACAAAAAGGCUUCAUUUGGCUUGUUUCACUAAAAAAAAAUUAAAUAUGUUUUGUAAAUAUUAAUUGAAAAAAAUAAAAAAAAAAAACUUAUAUAAA